AUGGCAGAGAGUGGAAAUAAUGGGGAAAGAAGAAGCGAGGAUAAAGAAAGAGGAGGUGGCAGACCUCUCCAGGAGCUCCACAAACUCUCCCCAGUUGGUGCCCCCUCCUUUGGGAGCAAAAGGCAUCUCCCCCGGGGGAUUGUGAUCCAGCUGACUGGGACAGAGGGAGACUGGGACAGCCUAGAUGAAAGUGAGCUCAUCUUCUCCCUUGAUCAUGAUGAGGACUACCCCUCUAUAUCUCUCUCGAAGGAGAGGCAGCGCUCUGUUGAGGAUGACAGAGGACUGCAGUCUCAAGCUUUCCACGUCCCUCUUUCUCCUUCUUCGCCUGGCUCUCUGGGGAACUUCUCCGCCCCUGGCCCCAGUUUCCUCUCCCCAGGCCCGUCCUCACCGACCCACCGACCCCUUGCAAGCCUGGUAAAGUCUCUCUCCACAGAGCUGGAGCUGAAAGAAUGCUCCACCCUCAGACCCAAGCCCCUUCUCAGCCUCGUAAAGUCAAUCUCCACAGAGAUCUCCCGCUCAGAGCCCGAGGUGUCGCAGUCAAAAUCAGACUCCCGCCUUAACCUCCACCUGUGGAAGCAGCUGACCCAACCAAAAACCCGCAGCAAUGGCGACUCCCGUACUGCGCCCCCUUCUCCUAGCUCGCUCUCACCCAGCGGAGAGGGUCUGAAAGGGGGCUUUUUCAAAAUGGAGCUGGAGGACACCAAGAGGAAGCUCUCAGAGGCCGUACACGAACCUCUGAGCAGCAUGUUCAGUAAGAUCAUGAGAGAGGAGAGCGCAGGCAGCCCCAAACACCAGUGUAGGACCCAGGGGGCUCACCAGGGCAGCUCCAGAGGUUUGGGACGGGACAGCAGCACAGACACGGUCCUUUCAGAGUCUCCCGUGAGGAACGCUAGAAAAACAGAUGCUGAUGUUUUGCCUGUGUUUGACUGGCCUUCUGUUAGACAUCUUGGGAGAAUUCACUGCAGCCCCUGUCCUGUGCAUCACAACAGACAACUUAACAGGGAUGAGGAGCUGGAAAUAUGCACAGAUGGUGAUAUGAUGCAAGUAUUUGCCGUUGAGACACACAGACAGGCGAGGAGAGCGCCUGCUGGUUCUCAGGUCCCUUCUGAACCCUUGGCUCAGACCCCACCUCUUCUUCAGCCACCUCAUCCUCUGCCACGCAUGAGUUUAUUCUGUGUGGCAGUGCUGUCUUAUGCCUAUUUCAUCCUACCUCUUAGUCCAUAUUUCUCUGGCCUGGCUCUGGGAUUAGCACUGGGGUUCUUGCUAGGACUUUUGCUCAUUAGGAUGGGUUCCUCCAGGUCUCGCUGCCCAGCCCCCACCGAUAGACCAGCACAGACCUUGCUGGGAGAGCUGAUUCUGACAGGUGGCACUGUUAACACUGAGCCUGACAUCCUCAAGGGGUGGAUGAACGAGAUACAUGAUUACGACCCAGAAACCUACCAUCCAGCUCUGACUCAGUCUGUGUUUGCCACCCUGGAGGGGUCCUGUCUCCGUCUGGACUCCCCGCGUACCAACAUCAGCCGCAGGGCCACAUACGACGAAAGAGUCCACGAGGCCAACUUUGUCAAGUCACGUUGCUUUCAGCUGGCAAAGAGCAAAGUAUUCCUGCUGCCAUCUGUGUUGGCACGGAAGAGGGUGUGGAACCCAAAGUAUCCCAUCUGUAUCCAACUGGCCAGGGGAGGAAACUUCCGGGAGGAUGAGGGAGGAAGGUCUGAGGGGAGUCGGGGAGAGGAACCAGGAGCUGAACCUCCUAAGCCCAUCCCUGACCUGCCCACCACUCUUUACCUCUUCAGCCGCACCGGACGAGAGAAAGAAGAGUGGUUUCGUCAUUUCCUGUUUGCAUCCAUGGAUACAGAGAGGGAAAAGGAGAGGGACAGACAGAGGCCUGGCAGAUGUGUGUCCAGAUCGGGCGAUCCAGCUCUGGCACAGGGUGUUUGUAAUAUCCCAAGCAGCAGAGGCUCCAGCAGAGUGGGCAGCAGUGACGAUGAUGCCCCCUGCACACCUCCAGUCCCCAGCAUCCCCCCUGCAGCUCAUGUCGGUCAGACCUCCAGUAGCACCAGGGGCCUUUCACUGCUAGACUACACAAGCUACAUGGCUCAUCUCCUGGGCGCAGAGGAGAUGGGCCCCCUCUCCAGCCCUGGGGCCGGCAGCACAGAGACGAGCCCCACCAUCAAAGGAAAUUGUACCUGUGAUCUGACAGAGUACCCUGGGAAGAGCCAGACUAUGUGGGCUAAUGCUCUGAUUGGUCGGAUCUUCUGGGACUUCCUGCGAGAGAAGCACUGGGCCCACGCUGUUUCCCACAAGAUCCAGAAGAAGCUCAGCAAAAUCAGGCUGCCUUACUUUAUGAAUGAGCUGACUCUGACUGAGUUGGAUAUGGGCUGCUCUAUGCCACAUAUCACUGCUACCUCCAGACCAGAGGUUAAUCACAGGGGCCUGUGGGUGGAGCUGCAGCUGGUCUACACCGGUGCACUGCAGAUGACCUUGCAGACCAAGUUCAACUUGUCCAAGCUGGGCAAAGAGGGUGGCCAGGACACAGACUGCACGACUGAAACUGGCAGCCCACGCUGCAGGCCCGUCCUCAGUGUGUUGGCGGACAGUGAUGAGGAGUCGUCCAGCGCUGGGUCAUCCGACGAGGAGGAGCUUCUCCUCUCCGAGCCCCAGGGGCCAAUGGGGGAGAAGGGAUCCACACCUAUGGCUGAAGGGACAGCGGGAGGCAGGACGGGGAGGAAGAUUUUGAGAUUUGUGGACAAAAUUGCUAAAUCCAAGUAUUUCCAGAAGGCGACAGAGAACGAGUUCAUUAAGAAGAAGUUUGAAGAGAUGUCCAACACGCCCCUGCUGCUCACUGUGGAGGUUCGGGAGCUGUCAGGGACUCUGGUCGUCAACAUCCCACCACCCCCUACUGACAGGAUAUGGUACAGCUUCUGUGUGCCACCCAAGCUGGAUCUGCAUGUCCGUCCCAAACUGGGCGAGAGGGAGGUGACUUUCUGUCAUGUAACCGAGUGGAUUGAGAGGAAACUGCAGGAUGAGUUUCAAAAAGUGUUUGUGAUGCCAAACAUGGACGACAUCUACUUACCCCUGAUGCACUCUGGCGUGGAACACCCUCAAGCCUCCGAGCAUCUGUCUCCUCAGUCCCAACGCUCCCAAAGCUCCUCCACAGAGUCUAUAGAGAGGAUCCCACCUGAGAUCUCCGGGGCAGAGUCUGACUAG